AUGCCUUCCCUGAGGACGAGCCUCCUCGCGGCCGCGCUCGCGGCAACCGUUCAGGCCCAGCGGUUCAACUACUCCCAAAUCGCCAACACAACUUCGUCCGACUGUCCAGCACCAGGAACAGCCCAUAUGAUAGUCGCCAGAGCCUCCGGCGAACCUCUCGGAUAUGGAGUGAUUGGUCUCAUCAAAGACCGCCUUCUCAAGUCUCUCCCGGGGAGCAAUGCGGAAUAUGUCGUAUACCCUGCCACCCUGACCGACUACCCCGGCWCCGAAACAGCUGGAGUCUCAGCCAUGAAAGCUCUCGUGGAAACAUACAUCUCCAAGAACUGCGCGGAACCACUGGUAUUGAUGGGAUACUCACAAGGAGCACACGUCACUGCCGAUUACCUCUCCGGACAGAACGUCGUGGGAUUCACUUACAAUGCCUCUUUGACCGACCCUGCUCCAGAGAGCAUACUCGACAAGGUCGCAGCAGUGACGAUCAUGGGUGACCCAUCCAUCAACAUCACAAACAAUCCUUUCCACGUGGGAAACUCAACAAAACCGGGCCUUUUCGAACGGGCUGCGAACUCCAGUGCUGUGUUGAACGGCAUCUCGGGGAAGAUUCAGAGCUAUUGUGAUGCGUUGGAUCCUUACUGUGCGAGUGCGGGAAACUUUGACAACAUCAGCGUUCACACCGGAUACACGUGGGAGUACGGCCAGGACGCGGAGGACUUCAUUCUGAGGCAGGUGAAGGCGUGGUACGAGCAGAGUGGAAGCGGGUCUGGAAACGAAACAUCGGGAACACCGACGCAGUCUGGAGGCGGGGCGCAGUAUACAGGUGCUGCGAACGCCAUUGGAAGUGGGCUGGUGGGAACUGCUGCGCUGGUGUUUGCGCUUGGAGGUGCCCUCUUAGGCGGCUUGUAA